GUUCCCCAACCAAAUGAAACACCUCUUCUCUUCUUUUAAACCCUCCUUUUCACACCUUCUCUUCCUUCUUCCUUCUUCCUUCUUCCUUCUUCUUUCCUUUCUCUCUCUCUCUCACUCUUCCAUCAAAUAACAAGUUAAAUCAUCUCAAAGCAAAGCACUUUCUUCCACAACCUCACACCCUUUUUCUCUCGCAACAAGCAAAACAUCUUACGAAAGAACACUUGGGCUGCACUCAUUUGUUACUUUUUCUUUUUUUUCCCCCUCUCUGUCUUGUUGAUUCUGAUAUUGUCAAAAGUGUCAAAUAUCGUGACUUUAGACAGAGAAAAAAAUGGUUCACUAUCACCGCUACCAUCAACCCAGAAAGGCUUCAGAGUUUGUAAAAGAUGAAGAGUCACAGAAUCUUGUGUUGGAUUGCUCAGGCUCUGGUUACUACAGGAGAACCAGGCCAAAGUUGUUGUCUUUUCUCUUCCUCAUCAGCUUUCUCUCAUGUUGCUAUGUCUUGGCACCUCUUUUCCUUCGGGAUUCUUUCACUUUUUCUCUUUUGUACUCUCCUGGAACUAAAAAUGAUGGGAACGAAGAUGGGGUUGAUGUAAAUGCUUCUUCAUGUUCUUCAGUUUCUAGUGGAACUAUAUGUUGUGAUAGGAGUGGUCAUCGUUCUGAUAUCUGUGUCAUGAAAGGUGAUAUAAGAACACACUCUGCUUCCUCUUCAAUCUUCCUCUACAACUCAAUAAGCACCAACAAUGUUUCAAGGGCUGUUGAUGGCAGAAAAGAUGAAGAGGAUCAGCUACUCCAACAUGAAAAGAUCAAGCCCUAUACUCGAAAAUGGGAGACAAGUGUCAUGGACACCAUUGAUGAAUUGAACCUCAUCUCAAAGAAAGUGAAAUUAGGUAAUGCUCGUCAUUGUGAUGUCCAACAUGAUGUUCCAGCAGUGUUCUUCUCUAAUGGGGGCUAUACUGGCAAUGUUUAUCAUGAAUUCAAUGAUGGAAUCAUACCUUUAUACAUUACUUCCCAGCAUUUUAACAAGAAGGUUGUGUUUGUGAUUCUUGAAUAUCAUAAUUGGUGGCUCAUGAAGUAUGGAGACAUUCUUUCUCAUCUAUCAGAUUUUCCUGCAAUUGAUUUUAGAGGAGACAACAGGACACAUUGCUUCCCUGAAGCCAUUGUAGGUCUUAGAAUCCAUGAUGAGCUAACGGUGGAUUCUGCGUUGAUGGAGGGUAACAAGGGCAUUGCUGAUUUCAGAAACCUUCUGGAUCGAGCUUAUUGGCCUCGGAUUAGGGGCUUGAUUCAAGAUGAGGAAAAGGAAGCAGAAAAGAAAUUGAGAGAGCAAAUCUCUUCAUCCCCAUCAUCAGAAACCUCACAACAAGAGUAUAUUAAGCAAGAGGUGCAAGAAAAUACAUGGAAGAAGCCUAAGUUGGUUAUUCUCUCUAGAAGUGGGUCAAGAGCUAUAACUAAUGAGAAUUUGCUGGUGAAGAUGGCAGAGGAAAUUGGGUUUUUUGUGGAAGUUUUAAAACCUGGAAGAACAACAGAAUUGGCAAAGAUUUAUAGGGUACUCAAUGGAAGUGAUGUCAUGAUUGGGGUUCAUGGGGCUGCUAUGACACAUUUUUUGUUCUUGAGACCAGGUUCUGUGUUUAUUCAAGUGGUUCCUCUUGGUACUACAUGGGCAGCAGAAACUUAUUAUGGGGAGCCUGCAAGGAAGCUUGGUUUGAAAUACAUUGGCUAUGAAAUUCAUCCUAGAGAGAGCUCCUUGUAUGAGAGUUAUGACAAAAAUGAUCCUAUUCUAAGAGACCCUGCAAGCAUUACCAAAAAGGGGUGGGAAUACACAAAGAAGAUCUAUCUUGACAGCCAAAAUGUUAGAUUGGACCUCAAAAGAUUCAGAAAAAGGUUGCAUCGAGCUUAUGAGUACAAAGUCUCCAAAUCAAAUCUGAAUGUUCAACACCAACCACUGUAAAUUUCAAUGGUUUCAUUUACCUCUGUAUGUUCAUUCUUUAAUGUGGAAAAAUUAUAGUUUUGAAGUCUUAAACAUUCUUAUGCAGUCCAAGACAACCUGAAAAGUUCCUAGUGUGAUAUCUUGUGUACAGCAAGCAUUUAGAAAUAUAUACUAGGAUGUGUAAGUAAAAGCAGCAACUUUUGUCAAUUGUCACUUCCCUACAUUUUGGUGUGAAAAACAGUUUGUGUAACAUUGUUUACUUCGGAUUAAUAAACCA